AUGUCGCCUGAUGGCGGCGUGGCGACAGGUUUAGUGCCAGGGUCUGCGGUCUACGCCGCUGAACACCUGACGGUGCAGGGAGGACGUAUCGCUGUUCGUUUUGGCGCGCCAGGGGUCAUCGAAGAGAUACAGGAGAGUAGCGGCCAGUUCAUCGUCACCUUUGCGGAGUCUCUUCCGCCAGGUCAGAAGUUUGCAGUUUCUGCCACGCAGCUGCUACUCACUGCACCCUACCGUCAGGGCCAGUGGCUGCAGCUCACCAGCGAUAUCACCUUCAGGAGCAAGCGCGUUCUGCGUGCCGGGCAGCCGUGUGUUGUCCGCGACGUUCGAUGCGGCUCUGCUACUCCCUUGGUGGUUCGCAUGGCCCCAGUGGCGGCCGUCGAUGCCUUUGAUCUCAGCGUCAGCCUCGAAGACGUUGAAGACUUAGUGGGCCUUCCCGCGAACUUCAGUAACUCGUGCGGUGCGCUGCCUGAGGGCUUCGCUCCGGCGGAUGUUGUUUUUGCGACCGCCGAUAUUGCGGUGCAGGGCCCAUCAGGUCCGACCAUUGCCAUUGGUGUGGGGGAUAUAGGCAUGGUGUUUGGAGAGCCCACUACUGCCGAAGCACGUCGCAAAGGAGAGGUGUUGGUGCGCUUCGAGGCCCGACAGGACCAAGGCAACCCCGUGUUCCUGAGUGUGCAGGCCAAGUCCCUCUCCCGAAGCCCGCUGUUCAGUUGUGGAAGCGAGCCGAGGUAA